CGCGCAGUGCACUUACGACAUCAGUCGAUCGCUGGCUCUUUUAUCGCGAAGCGCAAGCUCGAGCUUUUCUCUUCAGCUUCGUCUCCUUCGUCAUCUCCGUGAUCCUGCGUACUAAUUGUCUAGUUAAAUCUCGACCAGUGUCCGCCUUUUUUGCUUCGUUAUUUUCAUCAACAAUUCACUUAACUGUCAUCGUCUUCAUCAUCAUCACCAUCAACAUCAAAAGAACUAAAUAGUGAACUUUUAUUUUAAAUCUAGUGUCAGUGAUUUCAUUUUCAUUCAAAUAAAAAUCGGGAUUUGAAAUGAGUACGCCGGUGAAAAAGGUGCCCAUUCAUCUCCAGAGCGCAGCGAAUCGUUUGCUGAUUAAAAAUGGCAAAGUCGUCAACGAGGACGAGAUCAUUGACAGCGACGUCUACAUCGAGGACGGAAUCAUCAAACAACUGGGACGCAACUUAAUAAUUCCCGGUGGCACGAGGACAAUAGACGCACGUGGAAGAUAUGUUAUGCCUGGAGGUAUUGAUCCUCACACCCACUUCGAAUUAGAGCUGAUGGGCGCAACUUCUGUGGACGACUUCUACCAGGGAACAAAAGCCGCCGUAGCCGGUGGGACCACGAUGAUUAUGGACUUUGUCAUCCCGCGGAAAGACGAGAGUCUUCUUGAAGCCUACGAGAGGUAUCGCGCAACUGCUGACGAAAAAGUUUGCUGCGAUUAUGGUCUCCAUGUUGCGAUCACCAGCUGGAAUUCCAGAACGAAAGAAGAAAUGUCAAUUUUAUCUCAAGAACAUGGAGUAAAUAGUUUCAAAAUGUUUAUGGCAUACAAAGAUUUAUUUAUGCUCCGCGAUCCAGAAUUAAUAGAAGCAUUUACUGCUUGUAAAAAUUUAGGAGCCGUUGCGAUGGUUCACGCAGAAAAUGGAGACAUUAUUGCUGCUAACACUAAAAAAUUAUUGGACGCUGGAGUAACAGGACCUGAAGGCCACGAAAUGUCGCGACCGGAAGAAGUUGAAGCCGAGGCAACACACCGAGCCUGCGUGAUUGCCAGUCAGGUGAAUUGUCCAUUGUACGUAUCGGCGGUGAUGAGUAAGUCCUCAGCAGACGUGAUAGCCGCCAAGCGCGAAAAUGCUGUCGUGUUUGGAGAAGCUACGGCGGCUAGUGUAGGCAUCGAUGGUAGCGAGCAGUACGGAAAAGACAUGGAAAAGGGACGACGAUUUGUUACUAAUCCUCCUCUUAGACCCGACCCCACGACGCCCGCAUAUUUAAUUGAAAAGCUCGCCGAGGACGGACUGCAGUGUACCGGAAGUGACAACUGCACUUUCAACGCCGACCAGAAGGCCCUUGGCAAGGAUGACUUCUCGAAGAUACCCAACGGCGUCAACGGAGUCGAAGAUCGAAUGUCCAUCGUCUGGGACAAGGGUGUGCAUGCCGGUAUCAUGGAUCCCACGAGAUUCGUCGCGGUCACGAGUACAAAUGCCGCUAAAAUAUUUAAUUUGUAUCCGCGAAAGGGAGUAAUCGCUCUGGGCUCGGAUGCUGAUAUCGUAAUUUGGGAUCCAACUCGCAAGCGCGUUAUUUCUGCGGAUACUCAUGUCCAAGCGGUUGAUUUUAAUAUUUUUGAGGGAAUGGAAGUUACUGGAGUUCCAGAGUACGUUAUUGUCAGCGGAAGAGUUUGUGUUGAUGAGUGUGACCUUAAAGCUGUUCACGGUUACGGAAGAUUUGUUGAGACGCCGCUUAAUCCCCCAUAUGUUUACGACAUGAUUGAUGAGCGCGAAAAGAUACCAAGAGGAGUAGCAAGAAGUGCCGCAGACGCUAAAAAACACGCCGACGAAGACGCGGCCCGCGUAAAAGCCCGCGAAGCCGCGAAAGUUGCAGCUGCUGCGCGCAUGCAGCCGAAUCAGACCAACGGGACCCAUGAAGUUAUUCGCAACAAACCUAAAUUACGAGAAAUUUCUUGCACUCCAACACUUCCCGAGUCUGCUGUUGUCACUCCUUCAGCUAGGGGACCACGUCUAGAAGGACAGAGGAAUCUCCAGGACUCUACAUUUUCUAUCAGUGAGGAUACUGAUGAAGCACGACGUGCCUGCAUUCGCGUAAAUAAUCCACCAGGUGGUCGUAGCGCCGGAGGAUUCUGGUAAAUUAAAAUAAAAAAAACUCAGCUAAAGGGUAUGCUUAUGCGCGGGUACUUUAUUUCGAUAAAAAAAAACUAUCGGACAGAAAUUUAAAAAUAAAAUAAACUGACGCAGGAUAAUAAUAAUAAUUAUCCUUAAAUUAAUCGGGGCUUUUUAUUUUUUGCUAAUCACCAAAUACUAAUAAUUAAGUUGUCAAAUAAAUUGACUUUCUGAUUAUCGGUAAAAAUAAAAACUCGCAUAAUUAUUAUUAUGAUAUUAAUAAUAAAUAAUCAGGCUUAACUAAUUAUUUAUAAGUUACGACCAAACAUUUUAAACUCAUAUGUAUUUACGCAUAAUAUCACUCAUAAAAAAUAAUUUAUCAGUAGAUUUUUAUUAUUAUUUAGUUUUAUUUAUUAACACUCAUAUAUUUAAUAUACGAAAUAAAUUUACAAGAGGCUAAUACGUAAUUUAAACUACUAGUAGUUUUUGAAUUUAAUUUGUUGAAGAAAUUAUAAAAUUAAUAACAAUUUUAUUUGUAACGAUUGGUUAAUUAAUUAAUAAAUUAAUUGAUGAUUAUUAGUUUUAUUAAUUAACAGGUUGGGUAUGUUUAUAAAAAUAUAUAUUGUGUGAGUUUUGAAUGUUGUGUAUGUCGAUUUACCGAGCACUGCGUCGAAGCUUUGACCACAUAUUUGAUAAAUUAAUAUUUCAAAAUAAAUAAUUAAAAGCUUUUGCGUUCAGUUAAAAUUGUUGGAACGAACGCACAAUAAAAUGAAAUUUCUUUUAUUAUUAUCAUUAAAUUUAAAUGUUAUAUAUAUUUUAAUUGAUCUCUACAAUAAUAAAAGUUAUCAGCAAAGUCAUUAAAUGUUGCAGUGACUUAUUAUUUUCAUGUUUAUUAAAUUUAUUAAUUGAUUAUAUUAAUAAUUUAUUUUAUUGUUGAUAUUUUAUCCUCUUAUAUUAUUAAAUAUAUUAUAUAUACGCGAAAGUAUAAACAGUUCAAUCUGCGAAUUAAUUUAUAAGGAGACUUUUUAAU